GGCGGGGCCUGAGCCGGAGGGGCGGGGCGACGCAGCCCGGCGGGAGUAAAGGGGCUGCCUAGGAUCCGCACGAGCCCUCAGCAGAAGCGCGCUGCUUUGCCCUCCGCUGUCCCUGCUCCGCCCUCCACAGCCCUCCACAGUCACCCCGGAGACCAGCCGUGUUAAGCUCUCCACUCUGAAGCUGACUGAUUUCCAUGGCAGCCGCGAAGAAAGCAGUUCUGGGGCCAUUGGUGGGAGCAGUGGACCAGGGUACCAGUUCGACACGUUUUUUGGUUUUCAAUUCAAAAACAGCUGAACUUCUUAGUCAUCAUCAAGUAGAAAUAAAACAGGAAUUCCCAAGAGAAGGAUGGGUAGAACAAGACCCGAAGGAAAUCCUGCAGUCCGUUUAUGAGUGUAUAGAGAAAACGUGUGAGAAACUUGGACAGCUCAAUAUUGAUAUUUCCAACAUCAAAGCCAUUGGUGUCAGCAACCAGAGGGAAACCACAGUGGUCUGGGACAAGCUAACUGGAGAGCCACUCUACAAUGCUGUGGUGUGGCUUGACCUAAGAACCCAGUCUACUGUUGAAAACCUUAGUAAAAGAAUUCCAGGAAAUAAUAACUUUGUCAAGUCCAAGACAGGCCUUCCACUUAGCACUUACUUCAGUGCAGUGAAACUUCGUUGGCUCCUUGACAACGUGAAAAAGGUCCAAGAGGCUGUUGAAGAAAAUAGAGCUCUUUUUGGGACCAUUGAUUCAUGGCUUAUUUGGAGUUUAACAGGAGGAAUCCAUGGGGGUGUCCACUGUACAGAUGUAACAAAUGCAAGCAGGACGAUGCUUUUCAACAUUCAUUCUUUGGAGUGGGAUAAAGAGCUCUGCGAAUUUUUUGGAAUUCCAAUGGAAAUUCUUCCCAAUGUUCGGAGUUCUUCUGAGAUCUAUGGCCUAAUGAAAAUCUCUCCUAGCCUGAAAGCUGGGGCCUUGGAAGGUGUGCCAAUAUCUGGGUGUUUGGGGGACCAGUCUGCUGCUUUGGUGGGACAAAUGUGCUUCCAGGAUGGACAGGCCAAAAACACGUAUGGAACAGGGUGCUUCUUACUGUGUAACACAGGCCACAAGUGUGUAUUUUCUGAACAUGGCCUUCUGACAACCGUAGCUUACAAACUUGGCAGAGACAAACCUGUGUAUUAUGCAUUGGAAGGUUCUGUAGCUAUAGCUGGUGCUGUAAUCCGCUGGCUAAGAGACAAUCUUGGAAUUAUUAAGUCCUCUGAGGAAAUUGAAAAACUUGCUAAAGAAGUAGGCACUUCUUAUGGCUGCUACUUUGUUCCAGCAUUUUCGGGAUUAUAUGCUCCUUAUUGGGAGCCCAGUGCAAGAGGGAUCAUCUGUGGACUCACUCAGUUCACCAAUAAAUGUCAUAUCGCUUUUGCUGCAUUAGAAGCUGUUUGUUUCCAAACCCGAGAGAUUUUGGAUGCCAUGAACCGCGACUGUGGAAUUCCACUCAGUCAUUUGCAGGUAGAUGGAGGAAUGACAAGCAAUAAAAUUCUUAUGCAGCUACAAGCAGACAUUCUGUAUAUUCCAGUAGUGAAACCCUCCAUGCCUGAAACAACUGCUCUAGGCGCUGCCAUGGCGGCUGGCGCUGCAGAGGGGGUCGGUGUUUGGAGUCUUGAGCCUGACGAUUUGUCAGCUGUCACAAUGGAACGCUUCGAACCUCAGAUCAAUGCUGAAGAAAGUGAAAUCCGUUACUCCACAUGGAAGAAAGCUGUGAUGAAGUCAAUUGGUUGGGUUACAAGUCAGUCUCCAGAAAGUGGUGACCCUAGUAUCUUCUGUAGUCUGCCUUUGGGCUUUUUUAUAGUGAGUAGCAUGGUAAUGUUAAUCGGAGCAAGGUACAUCUCAGGUAUCCCAUAAAUAAUACCACCUCACGGAUUCCCAAGAUGCAAGCUUUUUAAUGUGAUGUGAAAAUCUGACUAUUCUGUCUCAUAAUACAAUGAUGCUAUUCAUAGACUCUGAUUUCUUUCAUAAGCCACUUGCUGCAUGAUCCUCCAAGCAGACCUAUGGCUUGAAAUAAUGAAAAUGCAGCAGAAAGAAUACUCCAGAAACAUUUAAUUUUUUUUUUUUAACAUUGACAGUUAAGAUUGGGUCAGUCACCUUUGGGGCUGACCCCUGCCUCCACUGUCAUGAUGUCCUCCUACACUAUUCCUGUUAAGGUCUAGAAUGAUUUUUGUAUCCUUUCUAUUGAAAUGUGCCAUCCAAUGUAUUCAGAUGCUACUGGGUUACACAUGUCUGAGGAAAGGGUUAUCCCUAACCUCUUCAAAAGGAGUGGCUUCUUCUUGUUUGCUUUUAACAGCUUGGAUGUCUUCUCUUCUACAUAUUACAAAGCCACACCAUCACUGGAUAUUUCAAUUGAAACAUCUAAGGAAUUAUUGGAUAGCAAUUUUCUAUUUCCAUUGCUCAGACAUUUUCUGUACAGUGUUUGCCAAAAUUGAGCAUUGUCAGGUGUUUUACACUGUCCCACUAACUGUCAUGGCGUCCUGACUUCUGUCUAGAUCUUAUAGGAUAGAACACUUUCUUUUUCUGCUUUUUUUCAUUUCUCCUUUUUAUAUUUUUAUUCUGUAUGUAUAACAUACAUGCCUAUAUAUUUUAUAUGCUGAGAGUAGCCCAUUUAUAAAUUAAGAGCACAUUAUAUUCAGUAAGUUAUAAGAGGGCUGGUCUUAAGUGGACUACUAUGUAUAUAAAUUUUAGGGAGGAGGCAAGCUGUAUAGAUUUUUGGGCAACGGUUAUGCAUAUUAUUUACCAGAAGAAUUUUCUUAUAAAAUCAAACAUUUGAAAUUUAUGUGUGAACUCAGUGUCACUCAAUUAAAAUGUACUAUAUUGUAAUUUCAACUAUAUUUCUUAUAUUCUACCAUUUGAUUAUUUCAACUGGAAGAAAAGCAACUGUGGCAUGUAACAGUAAAUACUCUUCUCAAACAUGAUUCUAGUCCAAAUAAAAUUUUUCCUUUGAAUUGAUGUUUUUCAUAUUUGGGCUUCUAUUGAAGAAUUAUCAAAUUCAAAAACUAAGUGGAAAAAUAUGUGUGAAUAAAGCCAACAAUGUCUUUCAAAUGUUAUUACUCAUUAAUAAGAUGUUCUUAUUUUUUUCUGGUAUGGAAGAAAAUUAUCACUACUUAAUGUCAAAACUGGCAAAAAAAAUAAAUAAAACAACUAUCAUUGCAAAUGCC